UCCAGUCAUCCAACUAAUACCUAGGUAUGCAAUUUGCUUGUUGUUGAGCUGACACAACCCAAGACACUCGAUACUCGACACUCAUGACAUAUCUCACACAUGCAAGCUAUGCUAGACUCCGACAUGUGGAAGAGGCAGCUGGCAACGUGCAAUCCAUUCUUGAGCGGCAACUAUGGGACACUGAGCUGGGCCGUCGUUAGCGUGCGGCGGAUCGAACGAGUCCGAGAUGACAAUUUGACAAUUCUAUAUCACGGUCGCCUCGGACGCUCUGAACAUAAAAAAUUGAAAACCCAUAGUAAUGACGACAAUUACAGGUUCCUGCAUGCUCGGCCGAAGCGUUGCAUCGCGCUGCUGGGGCUUUGCAGUCGCUAUUUUGGAUUAAUUGGGCCGGCGAUUGAUCAGGGAGACAGAAACCAUCUGUUAGAAACAUAUCAGUGCCUCCCAUGCCACAGUUCCUCCCUUUCCCAUGGGCCAUGGGCCAUGGACUUGGUGGGAGGGCGCCACGGAGCAUAUGUAAAUGGGGGGAACACUGCUCCGCACGGUAGUUCAAAAGUGCGUUACCAUUUCAUAUUUCAUCCACAGGGCUUGACCAGGCAAGGCCGGUGCCAUCUCAAGACAAUCACGACUCACGACUCAAAGCUCACCAGCCUUGUCCCUGGAAACGGGAAUAGACCGCGGGCCCAUAAACCAGCAUCUCAGACUCGCGUACGGAGUACAGAGUGCUCAUCCGUAUUAGUUACCAAUUCACCCUACUGUUUGAGCCUACCAAUCCAGACCGGCAGGUCUAGACUCACUUGAACCUCUCCAUUCCUCUUUUCUCGUCCCUGCAUCACAUCUGCGUCAAACCAAGUCUUUGAUGAAAGCCGCCCGUCCGCCGCUGGACUCACUCGCGCAUGAUCCGUCCCUUUACCCCCCGCGUGCCUCGCCAUGGACCCUGCGGCCGGCCUUCAUACCUGCACUCUGAUCUCGGAGCCGGAACACCUUUAGGAUAAGUAUUGGCUUCGACUCCUAUCCAAGGGCCUCGAGCUAUCAGUCUCAGACAAGGCUAGGUUUAGACUCUACAC